AUGUCUGACUCUCAGCUCUUCGAAGACACGUUCACAAUCACAUCGAUAAACGCGCAGAAAUAUGACCGCGUCUCGCGCAUCAGUUGCACUUCGACGGAUAACCAGACGACCUUCACGCUGGACGUGAACACCGAGAUCUACCCCUGCGCGGUGGGAGAAUCUGUCUCUUUGGCUCUGGCUUCAACCCUGUCUCUCGAUGGAAAGGAGGAAGACUCUUCUGGCGCUGGGCGAGGUGGCUGGAGAGACGUGGGCGCCGGCGAACAGACCCUGGCAGAUGAUUACGACUACGUCUGCCAUGGCAAGGUGUACCGAUUCGAAGAAGGCUCUACCGCUGGCAAUAUGUCUGUCUUUGUCUCUUUCGGUGGUCUUUUGCUCUACCUGGAUGGCCCAUACAGCAAGCUCGUGCCUUUGAAGAUCGACCACAUCUAUCUUCUCCUUAAGAAAUAG